AUGCAGAGCAAGAAACAAAGUUUCAUAUCAAAUUCUGGAGAUAUAUCUAAAUCUAAAAGCCUUGCAAAAUAUUUUAAAAGUAAAAAUCAAAUGGAAGCAAAAAUAAAUGAUAUUUUUCUAAUUAGCCAGAAGUCUUCAACAGAUGAAAUAUCUAACGUAAAAAAUGAAACAUUAUCAAUUAUCACAAAUAAGCAGAACUUGGA